AUGGCCCAAAGGCAAGGAGAAGAGGCAAGGAGAAGAGGCAAGGAGAAGAGGCAAGGAGAAGAGGCAAGGAGAAGAGGCAAGGAGAAGAGGCAAGGAGAAGAGGCAAGGAGAAGAGGCAAGGAGAAGAGGCAAGGAGAAGAGGCAAGGAGAAGAGGCAAGGAGAAGAGGCAAGGAGAAGAGGCAAGGAGAAGAGGCAAGGAGAAGAGGCAAGGAGAAGAGGCAAGGAGAAGAGGCAAGGAGAAGAGGCAAGGAGAAGAGGCAAGGAGAAGAGGCAAGGAGAAGAGGCAAGGAGAAGAGGCAAGGAGAAGAGGCAAGGAGAAGAGGCAAGGAGAAGAGGCAAGGAGAAGAGGCAAGGAGAAGAGGCAAGGAGAAGAGGCAAGGAGAAGAGGCAAGGAGAAGAGGCAAGGAGAAGAGGCAAGGAGAAGAGGCAAGGAGAAGAGGCAAGGAGAAGAGGCAAGGAGAAGAGGCAAGGAGAAGAGGCAAGGAGAAGAGGCAAGGAGAAGAGGCAAGGAGAAGAGGCAAGGAGAAGAGGCAAGGAGAAGAGGCAAGGAGAAGAGGCAAGGAGAAGAGGCAAGGAGAAGAGGCAAGGAGAAGAGGCAAGGAGAAGAGGCAAGGAGAAGAGGCAAGGAGAAGAGGCAAGGAGAAGAGGCAAGGAGAAGAGGCAAGGAGAAGAGGCAAGGAGAAGAGGCAAGGAGAAGAGGCAAGGAGAAGAGGCAAGGAGAAGAGGCAAGGAGAAGAGGCAAGGAGAAGAGGCAAGGAGAAGAGGCAAGGAGAAGAGGCAAGGAGAAGAGGCAAGGAGAAGAGGCAAGGAGAAGAGGCAAGGAGAAGAGGCAAGGAGAAGAGGCAAGGAGAAGAGGCAAGGAGAAGAGUGUUACAUGA